GCGCCGGGCAGCGCCGCACUGGACGCCGAAUGCGGUUGGCGGGCGCGGAGAAGUUUCAGCUGCUGCCGGCGAGUACUGAUGGCGUCACGCUCGUUAGCGGGAGAAAUUCAAAAGUGGAUUUUGCGCUACGAGAGGACAUAAAUGUUGAAUAACUACCAAUUAUUUUCUGGACCUGACUGGUUUAUAAUUUGAGAAGAAACAAUGGAAAGCCAAGAAUUUAUUGUUCUAUAUACUCAUCAAAAGAUGAAGAAGUCAAAAGUGUGGCAAGAUGGAAUUCUGAAAAUCACUCGUUCAGGAAACAAGGCAACUUUGUAUGAUGACAGCGGAGCAUGUUUGGAAAGUCUGUUUCUUAAGUGCUUUCAGGUGAAACCUGGAGAUGACUUGGAAAGUGAUCGAUACUUAAUAACAGUUGAGGAGGUUAGAACUAAUGGAAUCGUAGCUGGUACACAGGACAGCACUAAAGAGAGACUAGAAUCAAGUUCUGGAUGGCGUCUCUCUUCUGGCCGGUCUCUUGGAUGUCAGCCCUGCGGUUUAAAAAGGAAGGUUACUGGCUUUCAAGGGCCACGUAAGAGCCAUAAGAAAAUGGUUGUUACAGAAAAUGGUGAAUUGGCUGCCUCACAUGGUGAUGUGACACCUUGCUCAACUUUUUCUCCUCCAUUAUACAGUAAGCUUCCCAUGUUUUCUGUUCUUGGCAAGAAAGAUAUAAAUCAUAUGCCAACAGACGCUGAGACUAUCAUCACUGACAGGAACAGAGGGAGAAGUGAUGUGCUUUCUUCACUGCUCUCCACUUCAUCCUUCAAGAUGAAUUCAGAACCACGAGAUGAACAGGAGUAUUUUUGCUCUCUUGUGAGUUCUAGAAGUCAGCAUUCAGAGUCUUUACUGAUCAAUGAGACCAUACAAAGAAAUAGCUUGCCAUCUCACUGUCUUGGAGUUUCACCAAACCUUAGAAGCAAGGAACAGAUACUAGCUCUCCUGAAAUCCAAACCAGCCAGCAUGCAGAAGGAUCUAAAUUCUGAGAUCACAGGAAAUUUUCCUCAGAUGAAACCACAAGGAAGUUCAAAGAUUAUUACUAAGCCAAAGGAAAAGUGUGCUGAUACACAGAACACAGGAAAUUUACAUUCUGAGCUCCAACCAGAAAAUGCCACGAGGAAUACAAGUCGGUGGGCCUUGUAUUUACCUUCCCAGAGUUCACCUGAAUGUUUUGCUGUAGAUGGGAAUGGUACAGAAAGCAAAUUUGAAGCCCAGGACGAUAUGAAAAAUCUGAAUAUGACUGAACUUUUGGUGCCAAAAAAGGUACAGCUCUUUGAAACAUGUGCUGAAAAGGGAGCAUGCAGUGAAGACAAGCCAGUGGAUAACAAUAGCCAAUCCAGGAAUCAGGACAUAAACAUAGACAUUCCUUUAUUCUGUGAAAGCAGCAGCUCCCUGGUUAGCUGUAGUAGUACAAAAAAUACUGAUUUAUUAUUAGAAACUGACAUUCAGAAUAAUAAUAGAGCACCUUGUAAUCAAAAUGACAAGGUGUGUAUAGAAGGAUUGGCUUGCAUUAGAGAAAAGAUUCACAUGGCCAAUAGAUGUGGAACACUGGAACGGGAGUGUCGACCAGUGUCAUCCUUGCCAAAAAUAGAAGAUACACAAAUUGAAUCUUCUCUAAGUAGCAACUCUAGGAUCUCUGACAUUGCAGACAUGAUUUCUAAAAGUAGUACUGAUAGAGAAUGUUUGAAUUCUAUUCAUGAACCUUCACUGCCAUUUUUAGAGGUUUCUUUUAAUCUAAGCAAUUUUGAGACCAGUGACACUGAUGAGGAAUCAAGAGAAGAUAAGAAAAUUUUCCAGGCUGCAGAGAGCUGGGAAAAGGAAGUUUUGCUUGCCAAUAGUAAUUCAUGUGUCCUGAAGAGCUGUGAAGGUAAAUAUUGUCAAGAAAUUGCAGGUAAACAUUUGCCACUCUUAGCAUUUAGUGGUGUCAAGCCUGAAGAAGUGUUUCCCACCAAAGAGAAUCUGAUGUCAGAAUUCUGUGAUAGAACCUGUGUGGGUUUUAAUCCGGGACACUGUGAAGAUGGAAACUUGGGAAAAGCAGUGGAGGAGCAGUGUGGUAAUUCAAAAAGCAGUUUGGACUUGACGUUAGAAUGCACUGAUGUGCCUAUGGAUAACAAAGAACGUGUUGAUAACCCUAUCAAAACCAUUGGAAUUAACUAUGGCAUUGCCUCACCUGCAAAUGAAUCUAAAGGUAAGAAACCAUUUGACACAGUUUCAGAAGCUAUACCAAAGUGUCAUCUACAACAGGAUUUUGAACAGCCUGUUGAGUUUCAAGGACAUCAAGUGAAAGGAUCAGCUACUAGUGGUUUCACGGUCAGAGGACACAGCUCACAGCUAGGAUGCAGUCAGUUUCCAGAUAGUGUUGAAUAUGAAAACUUCAUGACAGAUACUUGUGUUUUGACACCAGACUUGCCUAGCAUUUGUAUGCAGAAUGACUUCUUGCGGGUAAUUUCACCAGAACAAUGGAGCCCUGUUUCUACUUUCUCUUUUAACCUAAGAAAUGAAGACUCCGUGCUUGAGUUCUCUGAGGAGUCUCUGAAAGGCAGAGCUUUCUCUGGAUUGAAAAAAAAUGGUCUCCUAGAGAAUAGGAACCUUGAAAAUUUUCCAUCUGUAAGUAGAGCCUCAGCUCCAUUGGUACCCGCUGAUGGGCCAGCAGUCUUAGAUUCUAGUUCAUUUGUGAUUGACCAUAACACACAAGAGUCUUCUGGUUCUUCCAUGUUCACCUUGUGUGAAGAAUCAGUUCUUCCAUGUGGUUUUGGACCUAAGGAUCUGAGUGGGACGUCUUCCUUUCAAGAAUCUAGAGAAGUGACUCUAGGAGGAGAUGCUUUGCUACUUAAGAAAUCUACUCAAAGCAAGUGGAUAAAAUAUCAAAACAUAUCCCAGUGUAACUUGACUGCCCUAAACAGAGUUGAUGACAAAGUGACAGAUGACCUCUUUGCCAAGGAUGUCUCUGAGGUGCAUUUUAGCCAUUCAAGUGAGGGGCAGAGUGCUGCUAGGAAUGAAAACUCUUUAGACUCUGUGUACUUGGAGAUGAUAAAAGGCAUGUUGUAUCAACAGAAGCAAAAUUUUAGCAGUCAAGAUUUGGUGUCCAAACAGAAAGCACUUUUUUGUAAUUUAAAGCAGAUUUCUAAGACUGAAGAAACUCAAAAUGUGUUAGGAAGGUCUGCUAGCUGUAAGUCAUACAGUGUAAAGGAUUUACAGGAGAUAAACAGCUCUGAGCUAUGCUUCCCAAGUAGGCAAAAAAUAAAAUCUGCUUACCUUCCUCAAAGGCAAAUUCAUAUACCAGCAGUUUUUCAGUCUCCCACUCAUUAUAAGCAGAUCUUUACAUCUUCGAUCAUAGAACAUCUAAAUAUAUUGCUGUUUGGAUUGGCACAAAGGUUGUACAAAGCUCUUUCAAAACUUGACAUGUCCUUUUAUACAUCAUCAAAAGGAGAGACACUGGAAAACAUAGAAAAUAAUUCACCAUUCUGUCAACAUAACCAACCUACAAAACUUGUCAUGGUUAAAAAGGACGGUCCAAAUAAGGGUCGUCUCUUUUAUACAUGUGAUAGGCCCAAAGGUGAUCAAUGUAAGUUUUUCAAAUGGCUUGAGGAAGCGACUCCAGGAUGGUUAGCAAAGGGAGAGUCUCAGCCCAGCAUGGUUUUAAGUGAUACUAAGAGUAUUGGCUUAUAUUUAAGAAAUCAAAAGGUACCAGUCUAUGAGGAAUGCCAGCUUUUGGUGAGGAAAGGGUUUGAUUUUCAAAGAAAACAGUAUAGUAAACUAAAGAAAUUUGCAGCUGUAAAUCCUGAAUUUUACAGUGAAGCAAAAAGCAAAAUUUAUCUUAAACUGAGUCGGAAGGAGAGUUCUUCAAUUUAUAGUAAAGGUGAUCUUUGGGUGAUUUCAAAAACACUAGACUUUGAACUAGAUACUUUUAUUGCAUGUAGUGCUUUCUUUGGACCAUCAUCUAUCAAUGAAGUGGAGCUAUUGCCUUUGAAAGGCUAUUUUCCUUCUAAUUGGCCCACUAAUACAACGGUUCAUGCAUUAUUGGUUGGUAAUGCCAGCACAGAACUGACUACUUUGAAAAACAUUCAGGACUACUUUAAUCCAGCUACUCUUCCAUUAAUGCCAUACCUGUUAACAAUGUCUUUGUCACCUACAGUUAGCAAUAAGAAUGUCAGUAAGAAAAAAUUUAUCACACCAGCCUUUGCAAACAUCAAAACAAAAUUUGAACUCCUCAACUUAAAAGCAACACUGAAGUUAGCUAGUGAGUUGGUAGAGACGCACAAGUUAAACAAGGAUCAAUCUGCAGCGCUAAUUCAGAUAGCUCAGAUGAUGGCACACAGUAAACGUGGUGAAGAAGCUACGGAGAAUCACGUCCACUCCCUGCCUAUCACUGUCAUCCAUGGUGUUUUUGGAGCAGGCAAAAGCUAUUUGUUGGCUGUGGUGAUUUUAUUCUUUGUACAGCUAUUUGAAAAGAUUGACGUUCUCACAUUUGGAAAUGCUAGACCAUGGAAACUUCUGAUUUCUUCUUCUACUAAUGUAGCUGUUGACAGAGUGCUUCUUGGGCUUCUCAGUCUUGGAUUUGAAAAAUUUGUCAGAGUUGGGAGUAUUAGAAAGAUUGCUAAGCCAAUUUUACCUUACAGCUUGCAUGCUGGCUCUGAAAAUGAAAAUGAACACUUAAAAGAACUCCAUGCAUUAAUGAAGGAAAACCUGUCUCCUAUGGAAAGGGUCUUUGUGAGAAGAAGUAUUGAACAGCAUAAACUGGGAACCAACAGAACCCUGCUAAAGCAGGUUCAAGUUGUUGGUGUGACCUGUGCAGCCUGCCCAUUCCCGUGCAUGAAUGGGCUUAAAUUCCCUGUGGUUGUACUGGACGAGUGCAGUCAGAUGACGGAGCCGGCCGCACUGCUUCCCAUUGCAAGAUUUGAGUGUGAAAAGUUAAUUCUUGUUGGAGACCCCAAACAGCUGCCUCCUGCAAUUCAGGGUUCUGAUUCAGCUCAUGAAAAUGGAUUGGAGCAAACUCUUUUUGAUCGACUUUGCUUAAUGGGUCACAAACCAGUUCUGUUGAGAACCCAGUACCGUUGUCACCCUGCGAUCAGUGCCAUUGCUAAUGAUCUGUUUUAUGAAGGAAGCCUCAUAAAUGGCAUUUCAGAAAGAGAGAGGAGCCCUUUACUGGAGUGGCUGCCCACCCUGUGUUUCUAUAAUGUUAUGGGAGUGGAACAGGUUGAAAGAGAUAACAGUUUUCAUAAUGUGGCAGAAGCUGCUUUUACACUCAAGCUGAUCCAGUCUCUGAUUGCAAGUGGAAUAGCAGGCUCCAUGAUUGGGGUGAUAACGUUGUACAGAUCCCAGAUGUACAAGUUUUGCCAUUUACUCCAUGCUGUGGACUUUGACCAUCCUGAUAUUAAAACUGUGCAGGUGUCCACAGUGGAUGCUUUUCAGGGAGCUGAAAAGGAAAUCAUUAUUCUGUCUUGUGUGAGGACAAGACAAGUAGGAUUCAUUGACUCAGAAGAACGAAUGAACGUUGCAUUGACCAGAGGAAGGAGGCAUUUGUUGAUUGUGGGAAAUUUGGCCUGCUUGAGGAAAAAUCGACUAUGGGGGCGUGUGAUUCAACACUGUGAAGGAAGGGGAGAUGGACUGCAGCAUGCAAGCCAGUAUGAACCACAGCUGAACAAGCUCCUUAAGGAUUAUUUUGAAAAACAAGCAGAAGAAAAACAGAAGAAAAAGAAUGAUAAAUCUGAAGAGAGACCUCAUUAACAGAGACGCUGGUAGAGAUUCAGAGUCAUUUUACACUUUGUUCUGUUAGGGUUUUCCUUACUCCAAAUUCUUUGUUACAUUAUUUAAAAAACAUGUAGAAUAAGUACAUCUACAAGAUUGUUCUUCAGAAAGGUAUAUAAUACUUACAUUAAACUAUGCAAAUAUUUUGUUUGUGAAAGGAAGUUUUACAAAGGGCAAAGGAACAUUCAGAGGCGUACCAGUGUGUUUCAAAGAUAUAGGACUAUCUCAAAAGCUUCCUGUUGAACAUGUCUCUACAUGAACAUACUCUUCUGAACUAUAACCAUAUCAGACAUUUUUAGAAAUAGAUGUACUGCCCCACC